AUGGCACAAUUCAUGAGCAAUGCCUUGGCUGGCUUCUCCAAAUCCGACGAGGAUGAGGAGCAUGAUGACUCGCCGCAUUAUCGUUUCAUCAAAGACACGCUACUUCCAAAUACUGUCAAGAUUCAGAAAGAAUUGAGAGGAAGAAAAUUCAAGGAGAUCCAAGCCAAGUUGGGCGAAGCUCUGGUAGGAAUGCACAGAUUUCAAUUUGAAACGUGGCCACCAGAUCCAUCCGACGAAAAGCCAACUGAUGCCACACCACACAAAUCAUUGGACGAACAUUUGGAGGAACAACAGCAGCAACAACAACAACAACAACAGGCGGCGGGAUCUGACGAGGAGGAUAUUGAAUCCACCAUUGGAGAUUUCAAAGAAGCAGCAAAGGAUGAUGACUUGAGACCCUUUGAUGAUAUUUCAACGUCUACUUAUGCUACUGCCAAAACAACUAGCACCAAUGGUAGCCACAGUGUGGAAUCAGCCGCCACUCAAAUACGACAACAACAACAGCACCAGCACCAGCAGCAACAACAACAACAACAACCAAGUGCAAAAGUGGAAUUGGAAGACGACCCUCUCACCCGAGAACCGAUGGACGAAUCAAUUACCAAUGCUUUAGAAGCUUAUACUUUGAUCUUUACGCAUCCGCAAAAGACAAACAAAGCUUGCGAAUUAGCACUAUUUUGUACAACACAAUUGGUCAAACGAGGUUAUCUUUCGGGACGAGCAGGAGGCCAAGACGACCUCUCGGGAAGUGGGCCCUCACAUCGGGAGACUCCUGUGGAGGAACGUCCGGAACCAUCUCUUUUGCAUCAACUCAUGCAUGCCAUUCAGAAAUGCGGAGAGUCGGCCAAGGAUUCUGUUCAGACCCAUGUCAUUGCUUGCUUUCAGGCAAUCAUGAUGUCUCCAAAAUGCAGUGCUCAUGAGGCAACCCUCUUGUUGGUGAUUCGAAGCAUUUUUCACAUUUAUUUGGUGACGAAAAAUCCUUCGUGUCAACAAAAAUCCAAGUCGUGCUUGAUGGAAAUUUGUUCUUCGAUUGUUCGGAAAAUGGAAGAUUCCCCACUGAAUGAAAACUCCUUGUUUUACACUGACUCGUAUUACUUGAUGCGAAGUUUGGUCAAACUAUCCUCCAAGGCCCUGCAGGGAAUUGAUGACAAGGAUACUACUGCAUCCAACUUUUUGACCAGACAGAUCUUCACUACAAAUACCUUCGACCCACUGGCACUCAACAAUAAAGUCUUGAGUUUGGAGCUGAUUUGUCAAAUUAUGGAAUGCGCUGGAGACAAUAUCUGCUAUGGCGAAAAGUUUGUUCAAAUGGUACAGGCACAGCUUUGUGUGGCAUUGCUCAAGAAUUGUAUGUCGAACCAUACCCAAGUGGCCUUUAUCAGUCAAAAGAUAUUUCUUGUUUUGGUGUACAAAUUUAAGACCCAUUUGAAGGAUGAAAUUAGUGUCUUCAUGACCAAUAUUUUCCUUCGAGUGCUCCAAUCAGACAACUCUACUUUUGCACAAAAGGCGUUGGUGCUGGAAUCUCUUCGGAGUUUGUGUAAUGAUCCAGUGCUGCUGACGCAAAUCUUCCUCAAUUAUGAUUGUGACUUUGAUGCCAUGAACCUUUACAAGGACAUUCUCUUCCACUUGACCAAAUUGUCCGGAAAAUCGACGGAAAAAAUUCCAUCCAACAUGUCCAAAAAGGAUGCCGAAGAACACUUUGAGCUUAGCCUUGCCGCGGUGGAAGUCUUGGUGUCGGUGCUCCAUAGCUUCCUCAAGGCAUUGAACAUGCCUGCCGCGAACCACUCGAAAAUUAAUGAUACGGCAGGUAAAAAGAUUCGAGCUAUUUUGGGAUUGAAAGAUGUAGGACAGUUCAAGUUGCAACAGCAAACGCAAGACACACAAAAUCAACAGCAACAGCAAUUAGACGACCCUGACGAUGGCUCGGUGCAACGAGGGUUAACAGCGCGAUCGAGAAGUAGUUCCUACAAUUCGUCUGACAAUUCAUUAGAUGGCUCUGCUUCUCAGUUGGUGGCGGAUCAGAUUGUGGACGCCUUUGACCGCAAACGGAACUUGGAGCAGAACUUUCAAAUGGGAUCCAUCAAGUUUACUCUGUCGCUCAAGUCAGGGCUGAAAUUCUUUAUUGAUAAUGGUUUCGUGGAGCUUGAUGCUGAACAGAUAGCUCUCUUCUUUUUGGAAAAUAAAGACAAGCUAGACAAGACGCAAAUGGGUGAAGUUCUGGGAAAAGAACCAGAUGCAGCCUUUGUCAAAACACCCAAUACAGACCCUGAAAAGGGAGGCCCUGGAUUCUUCCUCAGAGUACUGCACCAUUACAUUCAUUCCCUAGACUUUGAAGAUCUUCCCUUUGAUGAUGCCAUUCGAUUGUUUCUGAGUGGAUUUCGUUUGCCAGGAGAAGCUCAAAAGAUUGACCGCAUCAUGGAAAAGUUUGCCGAACGAUUCACGAUUCAAAAUCCCGAGGUUUUCCACAAUGCCGAUACAGCGUUCAUUUUGGCAUUCUCAGUCAUCAUGUUGAAUACUGAUUUGCACAACCCUUCCAUCAAGCCCGAGAGAAGGAUGACUUUGGAUGGAUUCCAACGGAACAAUAGGGGCAUUGGAGAAAACGGGGCCGACUUGCCUGCAGAUUUCUUGGCUGGUAUUUUUGAGCGUAUCAAGAAGAGCCCGUUUUCUCUCAAGGAAGAUGACGCCGCGAGAGAAAAGGCUGCGGCGGAGGUAAUGGAAACCAGUUUCUUCUCCGAUGCGAAUAUCUUUGGAAUGUCGGCAGAAGAGAGAAAGAAGAAAAAGUUCAAGAGUGAAAGAGAAGAAAUGAUGUCAGCAACCGAGCAACUAAUCCGUCGACGAAGAGGCAAGACCACCACUGCAGAAAAGAGCAAUGUCGACUCGGUUGCCCCUUCGGAUGUUGUGAAACCCAUGAUGGAUGUCACUUGGGGUCCCAUCAUUGGUAUGUUAUCUCAAGUGUUGGAGUUUUCGACAGAAGAAAGAAUCAUUGCUGUGUGUUUGAAUGGUUUCGUCUAUGCUGUGAGAGUUGCUUCACACAGCAAUAUGUCUUUGGCUCGAGAUACCUUUGUCAACUCGCUCGCCAAGUUCACUCUACUGGGAUCGAUUAAAGAAAUGAAAUACAAGAAUAUUGAAGCAAUUCGAACGUUAAUGACAAUGGCAAUUGCAGAUGGUGAAUACUUGGGGGAGAGCUGGGCUCCAGUCCUGCAAUGUAUAUCGCAACUAGCGAGAAUGCGAAUGUCAGCGUCGGGACUAGACUCGGAUGAAUCUUUUCUCAAGCAAGAAAGCAAAGCACCGGUUCCCAAGAGGCAGUCGAACAUGUUUUUCAAAAACCAAAAGGAGGUCAAGGCUUUGCAAAGCAAGGAAAUGGCGGAAAUGAACGAACGUGCGAUUCUUGAGACCUUUAGUGAGCAGCUCAUCGACAAUGUCUUUUCAUCGACUGUCAAAUUGUCUGCAUUAAGUUUGGGGCAUUUCAUUGAGCAACUUGUUGCGGUUUCAAAGACAGAGCUUGAGGGAGACACAACGCGCAGCAUCACUGGAAUGAAACAAACUGGUGAAGGAUCGCAGCAUGGUGACGAUGGUCCAAGUAUAUUUUCACUGCAGCGCCUGGUGGACGUGGCCGACUUCAACAUGGACUCGCGUCCACGUGUCAUUUGGACACAAGUAUGGGAAAUUAUGGCUGAUUUCUUUGCAGAGAUUGGUUGUCACAGAAAUCAAAUGGUUAGCGUUUUUGCCAUCGAUUCUUUGAAACAAAUGAGCUCGAAAUUCUUGGAGAAACCCGAGCUUGCGGAAACAAAGUUCCAACGCACAUUCCUAAAGCCAUUUCUGUUAAUAAUACAAAACCCUGAGACUCCAGAUUCAAACCGGGAGAUGGUUCUACAAUGCAUCGACCAAAUGGUUAGCACCAAGGCUCACAAUUUGCAAAGUGGUUGGAAGGUGUUCUUUGAUAUCGUGAUGGUCGCAUCGCGAGACUCCAACGAAAGAAUAAUGGUUCUCUCAAUCAAUAUCUUGCAACGCCUUCUUGAUGAUCACCUCAGCCAAUUGUGCAGAUUGCCUGCUUCAAAGACGGAAGGUGACGAGAAAGAAGGCAAGGGAGCCCUGUCAUCAUCAGAAGCGAGAAACCGCAAUGCUACAGCGGAGGACUUUGUUCGAAUGUGCCGGGCUUCACUUGCAUUUGUACAACAGGAUGGGCCCCAGAUGAGAUAUCCUAUUGGCAUUUCAAUGAGAGCCCUUUGCCACUCCGCAAUUUAUGCCGACCUUAUCGCCGAGGCUCAAAUUCUUCCACCAGUAUCUGGUGCUCAAGCGGAGGAUCCAAAUGCUCAUGGGUUUACAUACGAUGGCUUGGAUGAAAAAGAAGCCCUUGAAAUGGUCCUCUGGAGACCAAUUCUUGACGGUCUCGCUUCGGCUGCAAAAUCCACUGCCACGAGCCGUGCGGGAGGGGUUGGGUGCCUCCUGCAACGCGGUAGUGUGCUCGCAAUCCGCGCAAUCCUUUUGAGACACGGUUCACUGUUUUCAGUAAACCAAUUAUCUGCGAUAUUAAGAGAUACGAUAACUCCUGCAUUCAAAGAAGCAGCAGAGAAUGACAUCUCUCCUGUGGUCUCGAUCACAUCAGAAUCACCUGCCAUGUCGAACCUGGAUUUCAUGAGUGCGCCGAUGCCCCUGCCGCCUCCAGAUGAUGACGAUGGCCUCCUCAAAUUUGAAGAAGCGGCUCGACGUAUGGACGCUGCUCCAAAACGCCCAUUGGGUCCUUCAGAAUUAUUACUAGAAGCGUGUUUUACUGACAUGCGUCAUGGUGGAGAUGGGGAUCUAAGUCAAGUCUACAAGUUUGCGAACAAGGAAAUGAGAGGCAAUGCUGACGGAGAGCAGCCCUUUCCUGAUAGCUGGAUAGCAACAACUGCUGCCGUUGCUCUUGGCACUCUGACAGAUGUGGCUAGCGAGGUCAUUGUACCAAAGGGUAAAGAAGGCGCCUCGAAAUUGUGGCCUGACGUUGCUGACAUGAUUCAAACAUGGUGCAACGGUUCUGAUUCUUGGCAACCCUGUGAAGCUCUCGUACGGGUUGCAUGUAGAGAAACCAAUAGAUUCGCAAACCGUGUUUCGGCCAAAUUGGAUGGGCUUGAUUCUGAUGAUAAAUCAGCAUGGGGGGUUGCCAUCGUUCAAUUUUUCCAGGAGACGCUGAGUCGAUGUCUGGAUAUCGAGGUUGCACUUCAGGAUGAAAUUAUCCAGGAGAAAGCAAAGGUGUUCAAGAGGGUUGCGGAUAAUGACCAAGAUAUCGCCGCAGCGAAGUCUUUCGAAUCUUCAACAUGGGCCAGUCUUGUCCCAUCACUCAAGAUUCGGUGCAUCGCCGCACACUUCCUGCAAGAGGCUUUGCAGUCGUUGAAUGAGAAUGCACCUGUCCCUCCUCCAGUUGCAAAGGAUCUACUGGAUGCGCUCAAUCGAUCUCGCGAAUUGGCAGAAGCUGCAGCCAAAAAUGAAGACAUCGCACUGGCAUUCCAGGAGGCAAUUCUUAGCGAGUGGGGAAUGGACGAAGAAGAUAGAGAAGAAGCUUUGAUGAAUGUGGCACGACUGGCACAAACGCAAGGUAGUGCCAUGUUCUUCAUGAUGCAAACAGCUGGUGCAACCAACGUGAUGAUUCAGGUGCUCAGUGCUUUGUACGAGGGCGAAGCGAGCGGCAGUUCCGACUCGUUUGCCAUCCCGUAUCUGCUUGAUAUCAUGCAAGAUGUCUUUCACAAGUUUGCUGAGUCUGAGGCUACCGAAGGACAUCGAAUUUCAGGAGGCAUCAAAGUGGCAGUCUACUGCACCACAUUUUCGUCGACCAUUGUCUGUUUGCUGAAAGCCAUGAUCGCGUUCGAUAAAGAUCAUUUCGAAAGUCAAAAGGCAGCCUUCUUUCCAAUGGUAUGCCGUCUGAUAACAGUUCAAAGCGAAGAAAUCCGAGAGCUAGUCCAGGAAAUUCUCAUGACCAAGUUUGGUCCCAUGCUGGGAGUCGCAAGCAAUGGCAUGGAAGCCUAA